UGUGGCAUUCAGACGGAGUUGAUCCUCCAUGUCAUCGAGCGGCUUCUGGCUCGGAAGCGAGCGAUGAACUGGGAGGGCGCGAACGUUCUGACGCUUGGGUACCGAGAGGUGACGCCAGGGGCUGCAGGCCACCGCGUCACGCAGUCCAACGCGAUCAUGUGCUACUACCCGAACACACUCGUAGCUGCUCUCAAGAAGCCGCUGUGGGGAUCACUGCACCAACUCAUGGGCGACGACCUCAUGACGCAUCUGCUGCUGAAUUACACGAUCAUUGUUCAAAUUCAAGGGGCUCCAGGGUCCUACAUGCAGCGUAAAGUGUCUAUCAACGUUGUGAUGUAUGCGCGUUAUUUCCAAAAGGAUCGCGUGUUUGCGAGCUCCCACGUGCUGGUAAAAGCGUCCAAGACGGGCGACCCGAUCAGU